AGAUAAUAUGAUACGACGUGACGCGCUAAACCUGUCACGUGACGCGCUCUUUGUUCCCGGCUCCACCUCUGUCACGUGAACGCGCUUUAAGCCGAAUUAGAAAAGCCUGGGUUAACAAAGCGCGGUGGAAAAAUUGCUUAAUUUCGCCGCUUUUCUCUUCCCCGUUUCAAUCGCCUGGACAGUAGGUGAGAUGAUGCUUCGUGCAGUAACUAACAGUCGCAUCGAUUAAGCUCGGGAUCAUUGCGUCUCACGAUCGUAGGUUUCGAUUUGAUUAGUAAAUCUAGCAUUGAAACAUCUCGGAUAUCUGCGCGACCCCGCUUCCACACACAGGGGUGACCAAUCGCACACCGAAACCCGGAUCAGAAUCCAUGAACGCGGACAGAGAUUACCUCAUGAUGAAAAAAAAUGAGAGGGCACAUUUUUUCAGCCCUAAGGAGCAGGACCUCAUUUUGAAGUUGUAUGAAGAAGAGAGAGAGAUACUGACAGCCAAAUCCAACACCACCAGUGCCUCUAGAAACAGAGAGGAGGCAUGGCAGAGAAUUGCAGAUAAAAUAAAUGCGGUUUCGGACAGCGGCUACAAAAGGACAUGGCAGCAAGUGAAAGUCAAACAUAAAAAUAUAGUCCAAACAGCAAAAAGAAGAAGGUUGGAGGUCAUGAGGAAUGAGUCAGGGUCAGCCACCCCGUCACUGAACUCUGCAGAGGAGGAUGUGCUGCAGCACAAAGACAACCGGCUGAGGUUGGAGGUCCUCCCUGGAGGGGCCUGUAUCGAGCCACUGACAGAAUCUGAAAGCUCUCUAAUGAGUGGCCAUCCUGUCCUCCUGCUGCCUAUAACAAAGACUGAACCAGAGAGCCUGAGCAGCGAUGAGACAGACGUCAGCGACAGUCACUUUGAAGGGGAUGUGCAGAACAGCAGCUUCCAGGAGAGGGCCAACAUAGCAUGUGCUGCAACCAGCGACAGAAGUGCAGAGAGGCAGAAAGAAGACAUACGGGCUCUUUACUGCAGCUACCUCAGAAAGGAGAUGGAGAACCGAGACCAACAGAUGGCACUCAGAGCUCUUAAAAUGAAGAAGCUGGAGAAAGAAAUCUUACUACUAGACAAACAGCUGAUGUGACUUAUCAAAGAAAAUCACAUUUUUUUAUACACUGUUGUAAUAUGUUCAAACAAUUCAUGAUUGAUUUAAUAUGAAUCAAUCAAUGAGUUAACCUUUAUUUACACUGCAGAGAUAAUAGAAGAGCGACACUCGUGUUCCAUGCCCGAGUCACUCACAACAACAUUUUAAAGAUGGAAAAAGAGGCGACUGUGGCUCAGAGGAAGAGCGGGCCGUCCUCUAAAAGGUAGGUUGGCGGUUUGAUCCCCAGCUCCUGCAGUCCACAUGUUAUAUUGUGCGAAACACUGAACCCUGAAUUGCCUCUUCAGUCAUAGUGAAUGUGUGACAUUGUUAUUUGAUGGGCUGCCUGGUGCUUUGCAUAUAUCAGCCCAUCUGUGUGUGAAUGUAUGUGUGGAGCAAAUGUACUCGCUUUGAUUUUAAGAACCACUUACAGUAUAUGUAGAAAGUAGAGAACGCGCUGUAUCACAAAUAGAUAACUAAAAGGCCAGUCCACUUUUCCGAACAGGCAACAGAUUAAUGAAGAGCAUUAAAUGUGUUCAUUGAAAUAUAGGUUUCUAAGAAAAAACGCCUUAAAACUUGUUUAAUAGGUUUAAUUAAUUACUAUAGUAUCUAGUACAAAUUAACUGUAAUACCAAAAAGGUACAGUCUGAUUAUCCACACUUUCGCCCCAUGGUCUUCCUCGAAGUGCACAUUUGCUGGAAGGGCUCUUAGUGGUGUGCGUUCAAAGGGGCUGUAUCUGUGAAAACAGAACUGGGACAGAGUCACUUCUGUUUGGGUUCAGCAGAGGAAACCUGCUGCUGGCUGUAGUAUUGUUCACACUAUAGCUGCAAUAAUUAAUAAGAAAUGUACACCAGAGUAUUAGGAUAGGAUAAUACUUUAUUGAUCCCCAGAGGGGAAAUUCGGGCUUUGCAACGGCACAGACAAGAAAGCUCAAAAUACACAUUAAACAGAAUAGAUAAGAUAAAUAAAAAUAAAAACGGGGUAUGUACAGUACAAAAUGAAUGAUGAUGUUAACUAUGCAGGGAAUUGAGACAGUAUUUGCAGAGAAUGACAAGAUAAAGUGACAUCAGGCCGUAUCGGGAGAAUUCUUCUCCUGCUAUAUUAAGUUAAUAUACCUGUUUCUACAGCUAAUGUGUGCCUCUGAUAAGAGCUGCAACGUGUCACUCUUUUUCACUUUGUGGUUAAUGUUAUUCCAAUUGGAACUGUUUUACAGCCAGGUUAAAUUGAGAUAUAACCUUACACUGAAAAAGAAGUUUCUUCUUCAUUGUCUCUCUUCCCUGUCAGAGAGCAACAGUUGUUGUGCUUCCCCAUUGGUUAGCUGUCCGAAACUUCAUGACACUGCAGGGAUUCUGGGUAAAAGCCUUAAGCUGAUGCACACUUGCAGAAGGGGUGCAUAAAGGGUGCAACACUAGAGAAUUGGGACGCCCUUCGGUCUUUCACCCCUUAGUGAGUAUGUGCGAUAUGGGGGCAAAAGGGGCAAAGUGUGGGUAUUGGGACGGUGUAUAUUUUUCCCAGGAGUCAGAAGAACUAUUAGUGAAACAGAAUCCAGACUCAUGGUUUGUCCUGUAGACUCAGAUGUUGCCUUCAGAACAGUAAGUUUGUUUAUUAUGGGGGGGAGUGAGGAUCUAUCUGGUUUGCAAUUUUUCUGUAAACCUAUUUGUCGCUGACACAGUUUUGCAUGUUGCGUCCGUAGAUAUGCAACAGCACACACACUCCACAGUGUUCUCCUCAGGCUGCGACAGUAUUGUUAUCUUCACUUGACUCGCUCAAAGGUCAUUACACUCACAGAAUUGUCCGGGUCAAAAAAAAAGCCUCAAAGCGGGCACGAGGCCCACUGAGGGUUUUCAGGAGGGUGCUGUAAAGGAGCUCCUAAAGGAUUCUUCAUCACAUGAAUGAUUUAGUGAAUCUGCACACUUUGGACCGGGUUCGCCUGUUCUGUAGCCCACUGGAUUGAUGUGAAUGAAACAGUUGAUGUUUUUAAUGUAAAGGUCAAUUUGAUCCAUCAGCUGAGUCAUGUCGGGACUAUUGCUCUUUUAUACAUGUUCCCCAAAUUAAAGCAGCAAAUGAGCAGACAAAUGAGAACAAUGAACGUCAUUAUGUUCCACAUUUUGUUGUGAAUAUCUCCGGUCAUUGACAGGAUGAGUAGAAACAUCAGCAGACAUGUAUUAUCUUCCCUCUGGAUGUUGUGCUGGGCCUGUCCUGCUGCUAUCGCUGUGUUUAGCUUCUUCUUAGAGGUUUUUUAUCCAUGGAGUCUGGGCUGCAGCACAUAGCCUGUAUGAGGGCCUUCACGUGCUCAGCUGCUGUUUCACUGUCAACUGGAGAUCAGACACUUUGUAAACAUUUGUUCAAAAUGUUGUGUUAAGAUCUGAAAAACAGAACACGAGUAAAAAGUUUAAACUGACACCAAGACUCACGACUCUUUGCGUAUGAUAUGACAGUCAUGUUCUAAGGCUGGCCAUCUAUGAAGUGAAGAGUCUGCUUCAGAAUAUGUCUCCCUUACCUUGAAAAAGACUUUUACUUUGGUUCUAUGUCUAAAUGUAUUCACAUUACCUACAAUUCACUGAGCAGACGCUUUUAUACCUGGAUAUCUUUAUGGUUUAACUGUUUCAUGCUGGAAUACAUUUGUCUCAAAGUCUUGUUUAAAGGCUUAAAGUUUCUACUAAUGCCUCUUUUCAAGAUCCAGCAUCUUCAUAGUACAUGUUUAUUUAUUACAUAUUUAUGGACUUUCACCGUUUGAUAUUUUGUUCAUCAGUUGUUUUUUUAUUUUUUAUUUUAUUCUGCCUGUUCAUGAUGUUUGUCAAUAAAAGCCUUCAUUCAUUUCUUAAA